UUCGCUGCUGGACCAGACGUGGGCUUCGCUGGGCUCCCGGUGCCUCGGUGUGCCAUCUCUCAGCCCUUCUUCUUCUGCUCACACAGUGCUGCGGAGGUCAGUAUCAGAUGGCCGGCCCCUCCCAGCCGGUUCUGGCCACGCUUGGCGCCGACGUGGUUCUGUCUUGCCAGCUGGAGCCCGCUGCUGAUGUGACUGAAAGCACAAUGGAGUGGUCCAGGUCGGACCUGAGCCCCAGGUUUGUCCAUCUGAGGCGAGACGGGAUGGAGUUCCUGGUGAAUCAGCAUCCGUUGUACGUGGGAAGGACAUAUCUGUCCCCGGGCAGACUGAAGCAGGGAGACCUGUCCCUGCGACUGUCCAGCGUCAGGCUGUCGGAUCAGGGAACAUACCGCUGCGACGUUCCGGGAAAGGCUUCCGUUGAGGUUCAUCUGCAUGUUGGUGGCGCCCCCGCCACCGUGGCCGUCUCAGCAGAGGCCGGCCAGUCCAGAGGAGGAGUGCUGCUGGGCUGCGAGUCUGCCGGCUGGUAUCCGGAGCCCGAGCUGCUGUGGCUGGACGCUGAGGGGAAGCCGGUCUCUGCCGGACCUUCGCAGACCCACAGGGGUCCCGAUGGUCUCUACGCUAUUAGCAGCAGGGUGACUGUGGAGAAGAGGACCAGCAACACAUUGUCCUGCCGAGUCCAGCAGAGCAACAUCAGCCAGAGCCGAACUGCAGAGUUCAGCUUUAAAGUGGAGGAGUCGAAGGAUCCGUCCGGCUCGGCUGCUCGGGUCACUGCCGUCCUGGUCUUGGCUGCUGCCGUCAUCGUUUGGUUUUCAUGUUUCUUCGGCUGGUGGAAGCUGAAAGCCACCAGCAGAAGUGAUGAAAAACCAAAGAAAGAAGAAGAAGAAGAAGAAUUCCCCAAGCAAACGACAGGAAUGGAGGAUCUGGAAGAAAAGCAGAGACUGGCUGAAGACUUAAAGGAGAGCCAAGAAGAAGAGAAAGACUUGGUUGGUGUGAUCGAGAUGUUGAAGAAGUUGGAGAAGGAGCUGGUGAAGUCUGGAAAAAAUAAGAAAUCAGAGCUGCAAGAGGUGGAGAGGAAGAUGGAGGAGAACCACAAAGAACUUCAAAAAGGCAGUCGUAAGUUCCAGAAAAUGAAGGCAGAAAAAAAAGCCUUUAUUUUAGAAGAACAACAAGAACUGGAUGGAAAAAAGAAAGAUUUAGAGAAGUUUUUACAGCUAACUGAAGACAGAGCAGAGGAAGUAAAGAAGACUAUUGAAGUAAUAACAAGACAGAGAGACGGAGCUGGAGCCGACAGGGUGGAGGUACAGUCUGAAAACCUGGACCAGUGAACACAGUACAUCCUUCAGAGCCACCUAACCCCCCCCACCCGAGGCUGGUGUCAUUCAGGGACCCACCAGGAACCCAAAACAUGCUGUCGACCGCAGUCGAAGUUAAAUCUUCAGAGAUCCUUAGAAGCGUGAUCAGAAUCAGUAACUCUCAUCUCACUGAGGCAGCUGUUGUUUUCCAGCUUCCCAACAUAAUAGUAUGAAUGCCACCUCUGCCUGCAUCUGACUGGUCCUGCUGAUCUUCACAAUUUAGGGAUUUUGCUGAGCUUUGUGCUACUUCUCAAACAGUAUGCUUUCCAAAUGACAUGUUGCGCUGUACCAUUAUAAUGACUUUAAGGUUCUGAAGUUCUGCGGGUGGCACUGGUCCCUCACGUCACCUCCAGAGGGAACCCUGGAGGCUGGAGUCUGAUCCCACCUGAGGGUUUCCAACGCUGUGACACUACAAUGUGAUGGACCAGCAUGGCGUGCAGCAAGACUGUGAAAUGAAGGAGAAAUGAUUCAUGGGCUUCAAAUUUUUCUGCAAAUUAAAGACUAAAAAGUCCCCCGCCCCCACUCUGAUCCACAUCAAGAAAGUCCUGCUCAGCCAAGAGCCGUCGGGAUUAUUAACAAAGUCAUUAAAAAUGAUCAUUUAUCAGUUUGUUCUGUGAGAAGAUGAAAUCGGUUGAGAGAUGUUCUAUCGGGAAGAAGAUUGUUCCUGGAGUUGCAGCUCAUUAAAGAUGAUGGUCUUCCAGAUGGCGG